ACUUUGCUCACAAACAAACUCAACUUUCAACUGGUCGGACGUCCCUCAAUCUCAAUCGCAUUCCGACCACGGCGCAUUCCACUUCCGCGUGUUCUCGUAUCUCGAGUAUCCGACGAGUAUCUGCACUCGCGCUCAUAGCCACAUCCAUAAGAUACUUUCGCCAUUCAGCCAGUCAGUCGCUUGGCAUUGCUCCGAGAUGCCGGUUCGCGAGUCGCGCACCUCUCGCCACCAUCUACAUCUCCGUCUCCGCCACCGAUGUUGUUAUUGUUUCUCGAUCCGCAAACAAACACUGAAUGUUGUCGGUAACUCAGCAGUGAAGUAUUAACUUUCGGAGACCCAAACAAACCAAAUCAAAAUAAAGCAAUUCACCAGAAAUACAGUCUAUCGUGUAGAACCUUCUCUCCCGCAUAACACCGCAUAAAAACAUCAAUUGGAACAGAUCUGGCCAAAAUGAUGGCGCUCGACGGCAAGGCGAUAAUUAAGGAGGAGAUUACCGACAAGGACGCCUACGACGCAGCGGCAGCAGCGGCGGCGGCGGUGGCAGCAGGUGCCGCCCUGGCGGUCGCCACAGCAGCGGCUGCCCAAGUCCCGCCCCCCUCCUCCUCCGCUUCGGGAGCGGGCUCGGCGUCGGCAGCGGCGGCGGCAGCGUCCAACAACAACUCAGCCACAUCAGCAGUAACAGCGGCCACAAUUAGUCGAAGACUUAAAGCCAACAGCAGCAGCAGCAGCAGCAGCGGGGACAAGAGCUCGUCUUCCUCCAGUAGCAGCAAGGACAGCAUCAACACAUCCAGCAGCCGCAGCGACAGGGAUCGGGAGAGGGAAAGGGAACGGGAACGAGAGCGGGAAAGGGAUCGCCUCUGCCGCACACCACCAGACUCCCCGCCGGAUUCCUCGCGCAGCCUUGCCCCCCGCUCGCCCCACUCUCCCCUGCAGUUGCACCAGCGACCGCAGCGCACCGCCAGUGUCUCGCCGGUGGUUAAUGGCGGAGGAAUAGGAUCCUCUGGAACCUCGCCCACACCCACUCCGGGCGGCCAGCAUGCUGCCUCAUUGGCAGCAGCCGCCGCCGCCGCUGCAGCCGCCCACGUGGAGCAGGCACGUCUGGUAUCCAAGAUGCGCAAGUUCCUGGGCGCCCUGGUACAGUUCUCACAGGAGCUGGGUCAGCCAGAGGUCAGCGACAGGGUGCGGGCCCUGGUGCUCUCGCUCUGCUGCGGCAACAUUUCCGUGGAGGAAUUUCGGCUGGCCCUGCAGGAGGCCAUCAACCUGCCAUUGCGGCCCUACGUCGUUCCGCUCCUGAAGAACAGUAUUUCCUUGGUCCAGCGUGAGAUCCUUGCUCUGGCCCGAGCCACCAACCAGUCCGCCCUGCAGUACGUGACCAACAACGAGCAGGCAGUGAUGGAGUUUACGCCGCACGGCGUGGCAAGUGCCGAGUUCGGAGACAUCUUCGUGCAACUGGAGGCGCCCACAUCCAACGGCAGCAGCGCGGUCUUCAAGCGCCGCUCCUCCGAUUCAAUGAUGGAACAUGGCGGGCACAACGGACUGCAGGAGUGGAGUGAGUACAUGGCCAGUGGAGGCGCCGGCUACCCGCCACCCCCCAGCAAGCGCCUGUCGUUGCACCCCGCCCACUCUGUGGUGGCGUACGGAGAGUACGGAGUUGGGGCAGAGGGCCUGCCCUCGGCGGCCGCAUUUAUGCAACGCGACGACAGAGAUCUCCGGAUGACGGAGCCACAAACCAGGCAUCCGGCUCCCCCGCAGCGAGGCGGCAACCCGAAUCCCAAUGCUAACCCCAACCCCAAUCCCGCUGCAGCAGCUCCAGCCGGUGGACAGGGCGGCGGGGCCGGUGGUGAGGAGGAGUGGAAAAACAUCCACACCAUGCUCAACUGCAUCUCGGCGAUGGUGGACAAGACGAAGCGGGCGAUCACGAUUCUGCAGCAGAGGGGCAUCGAGCCGCAGCAUCCCAACAGCGGUCAGGAAGUCACACCGGCAGCCAUGGCCGAACUGCGGCGGCAAACGGAGGAGAAGGUGGCAGAGUUCAAGAGAAACGCCGAGGAUGCAGUCACACAGGUCAAACGCCAAGCUGUCAUUGAAAUUCAGAGAGCUGUGGUGGCCGCCGAAACGCGGGCAGCGGAAAUAAUGACCCAAGAGCGCCUCCGCAUGGAGAAGUUCUUCAUGGAGAUGAGUCGCCACUCCAGCGGAGAGCGGGAUCUGGACAACAAAUCGCCCUCGAUGACCAGUGCCCAGAAUGGCAGCAACUUGCAACAGCAGUGUUGGAAUUGCGGACGCAAGGCCACCGAAACCUGCUCAGGAUGCAAUAUGGCACGUUACUGUAGUGCCUCCUGCCAGUACAGAGAUUGGGAUAGUCAUCAUCAGGUUUGUGGCAACUCGCGUGCCAGUGAGUUGAGUGCCAAGCACCUGCACUCGGCCAGCAGCCUGCGCAGCGCCAUGGCCACCCGAUCACCACCCACUCCCAAUUCGGCGGCCCACCUGCAGGCAGCAGCAGCUGCGGCAGCGGCAGCAGCGGCGGGGGCUCGCGACGUGGUCAGCGCAGCCAGCGGCGCAGGAGGACCUGGGACGGGAGUGUCGGCCGGAGGGGCAGCCAGUGGCGCAGGCGCCGGCGGCGGAGGAGGUGGUGGCGGGGGUGGGGGCUCGGCAGCCGCCGUGGCAGCUGCCACCCCGGGCUCUUUGGUGGCCAACGGGUUGGGCUCCAAAUGACGCAUUCGCAUGAUGAAACCGAAGAAGAAAUACUUGUGCUAGUCAAAUUACAAACGAGGGGGUUGGCGGGUGAGCUGAACCAUUAAACCAUAUGCAACCCAUACUUAUUACAGCUAAUAUAGAGUUAUCCAAAAACCAAAAA